GCGGCCCGGGCCAGGUCACGUGGCGGGAGGGGGGCGGCGCUCUGCGCCCGUCCUUGUUGGUUCCCGCCUGCCCUGGCCCGGGAGGACUGUGCGGGACCUCCAUGGCGGCGGCUGUUUUGGGCCUGCGGCGGCUGCUGGGGAGACGGCCGGGGGCGCCGGCGGGGCUCAUGGCGGGGCGGCGGGCGGCGGCGCGCAGCUACGAGACGCUGCGGGUGACGGGGCCGUGCGAGCGGGUGCUGCACGUGGAGCUGCACCGCCCCGAGAAGAGGAACGCCAUGAACCCCGCUUUCUGGAGGGAGAUGGUGCAGUGCUUCCGCGAGGUCGCCCAGGACCCCUCCUGCCACGCCGUCGUCAUCUCCGGCGCCGGGAAGGUCUUCACGGCCGGCCUCGACCUCCUGGAGAUGGGCGGCGAGUUCCUGGUGACGGAGGGCGAGGACGCGGCACGGAGGGCCUGGACCCUGCGGCAGAAGAUCCACGCGUACCAGGAGAGCUUCUCCGUGCUGGAGAAGUGCCCCAAGCCGGUGAUCGCCGCCGUGCACGGCGCCUGUAUCGGCGGAGGUGUCGACCUGGUCACCGCCUGUGACAUCCGCUACUGCAGCCAGGACGCCUGGUUCCAGGUGAAGGAGGUGGACAUGGGGCUGGCGGCCGACGUGGGCACCCUGCAGCGUCUCCCAAAGAUCGUGGGCAACCAGAGCCUCGUGAACGAGCUGGCCUUCACCGCGCGCAAGAUGAUGGCCCCCGAGGCCCUGAGCUGCGGCUUGGUGAGCCGGGUGUUCCCCGACAAGGCGGCGCUGCUGCAGGGCGCCCUGGAGCUGGCGGCCACCGUGGCCUCCAAGAGCCCCGUGGCCGUGCAGGGCACCAAGGUGAACCUGGUGUACGCGCGGGACCACUCCGUCCCCGAGGGCCUGCGCUACGCGGCCACCUGGAACAUGAGCAUGCUGCAGACCGAGGACGUCCUCAAGUCGAUGCAGGCGGCGCUGGAGAAGAAGGACCCCGGGGAGGUGGCCUUCGCCAAGCUCUAGGGACAGUGGCCUUCGCCAAGCUCUAGGGACGGUGGCCUUCGCCAAGCUCUAGGGACGGCGGCUGCCCGUGCCGCCAGCGCCAAUAAACCGCCUGCGGCACCGUG